GGGACUCGGCUGCAGGCUGUUGCGGGCUGCUGCGGGCUGGCCCAUGUCAUUGAACAAAAGUGAGUCUUUCUCUCACGAGCUCAUCAUAAUGCCCUCUUAACUCCUCGACAGCAGCCUCUGCUGCCUCAGUCAUGAUCGACUACUUCUCUUGGAUGAGUUUGCCAUCAUCUCGCCACCUCUGAGACCCAGUCUCGCCACAAGCCGUCUCUCUUGUACCCAGCACAACCAGUCUCCCAGAAAACAUGGCUGAUUUGGCUCUCCGCACUCGGGAUCAGCCUGAUAUUCGGGCGCGGAUCAGCAUCCACGACGAAUCUCCCAAUGAUAUCAAAGAACUCCUGAUUGCCGACCAGACACAGAAAGCUCUGCGCUCGAAGCAAUCCUGGACUCCUCCUGAGGCACUGGGAUCUUUGCAUCGAGCUGUGUUACGCAAAACCAGGACGCUUCCUUAUCCUUAUCGACCGGGCCACUUCCACGAUCUCCCCGCCUCAGACCCUCUACCCUGUCCUUUGAAUCGGUCAAACAGCCUCAACUCCCUGUCAACCAUCCAACGAGAGACAGAAGCCGCUUCAUUAAGUCUAUACAGAGGGUCACCGAUCUCUGCAAUCAGUCCUCCGUGUGCCCCGCCAUCAGCGCCAUUAUGGACACCCGACGUCGACUCCGAGCUACAAGAUCCUUGCCCCCCUCGGCCCCAACUGAGGGUAGAAACCCUCAGCCAGCAACGCAAGUACCAGAAGCGCUUGAAGAAGCAUAUGAAAAAGGAGGAGAAGGAACAGCGCAAGGCGCAAAAAGAGGAAGACCAGUUGCGCCGCGCGGCGCUGGCUGCUGACGUUGCUGCGUCACGGAGGUGGGCAGCCGCCAGAGGAGACCCGAUCCCACUCCGCACGAAAAGCACGAGGAGCAUAGCCUCGCAAGUAGUCAAGAACUUGAGUCUGAAGACUCCGUUGAACAAACUCAGUCGUCAUGUCAGGAGAGAGAGGUCGGACCCGCCCACACUGGACGACUUUGACACCAAGCAAGACUUUCGAGACUAUCUCAAUCCUUCUCCUUCACCCCCACCAUCCGCCGAAAUUGCUGAGCUGCCUGCCGAACUGCCGCAGUAUACACCUUUUCAAGACUCGACGAGGACGCAAAAGAAUGAACCCGUUGCCCUGUUGGAGGAUGCUCAUGCAUUGAAAGAAAAAGGUGUUUUGUCACCAAUCGAUAACGACGAGGCAAGAGCGAACAAUGCUCCUCCAACACCACGAUCGAUGAGGUGCGACUCGUGUCAGAGCCCCAUUCGUCUGCACCAGGUCUACUACCACUGUUCAAUUUGCGACAAUGGCGACCGCAUACUUUGUUCCUCAUGCGACCAGGCCGGCUGGAGCUGUCGCCAUAACCUUACAGAAAGGGUCCGAAGUGUAUCUCGGCCUGCCGCUUCUCAGAAAGUGGAUGUUGCCAACAUGAGCGGAGAGCAAACUCGGUCAGAGGCACAGCAAUAUGCCACAGCCAUGUGGGGUUUGAAUCUGUCGGAUCUCCCUGCCCACCACAACCGAUGGACCGAGUCACCCGCGCAAGCAACAAUGUCUGCGGACAGCCCUUGGGCAUACAACGACAUUCUAGAACAGAAACUAUCGCAAGAAGUUCAAGAGCGGAGCAUGCGCCAAUCUCAGAGAUCUACUGACGCAAAAGAGCUUGAUUUUCGCCGCCGUGAACAGGAUAUGGUCUUCCGUGAAAAGGAAGUGACCCUACGAGAACGGGAGGCUGCUGUGCGGGAGCAGCAGGCCUCAGUUAGGGAGCAGGAAGCUGCUCUCCUUGUGAAACAGCAGAUGUUCACACUACAUGUGCAAUCAGCCGUUUCAAGGCAAAUGUCGGAACUGUCCGCUGGAGUAGGUGCACAGUUCCAAGAUCUGUCGCAGAAUACCAACAUACGGACCCAUGCCACCAAACGCAAAGCAGGGGCUGGCUCGGCGAUGGUCUCACCUUCCAAUUCUACUGGCUCGAAUCAUAAGUCUUCACCAAAGCGCACGCCGAGCGGCGGACAAGACCCUGAUGAAGACGACGAGGACGCUAUAGGAGGGACACCGAAGAAGAUCAAACAAGAUCCCGACUCGGUGGGCACACCAGAGAAGCUCUUCGCUUGUCCCUUCUCCAGGUUUGACAAAUCGAGAUAUUCGGAACAGAACACCCAUGAGAAGCAUUACCGAGGCUGCUCGAGUGGGUACUGGCCCGACAUCUCACGACUCAAGCAGCAUCUUUACCGCGUCCAUUGGCGACGGAUCCAUUGUGUGCGGUGCUAUGCGAAGUUUGACCGCAAAGACCAACUGGACCAACAUAUCCGAGGGGCAGCGCCCUGUGCGCUUGUCGAAUGUCCGUUCCCAGAGAAGUUCGACGAGGCACAAUAUAACGAUAUUCGGCGUAAAAGACCUGCCAGCACUCCUGAACAAGUUUGGUACACAAUCUACGGUAUCCUCUUUCCGGGAGUACCGCUGCCAACGAGCCCAUACGCCGAUAAUACAGGCGGUGCUUCGGCAGUCAGCCCAGGGCCGGCUGAAACUCAGGACACAAUGGAUGUGCUAGGGGAAGUUUUUGAAUCACGUUUGGACCAGCUCACCAACGUUCCUGGUCAGGGGUGGCUUCGGUCAGCAGAAGCACGACAACUUAUCCGUGAGCAGUUGAGAGCAUCCAUGACCGACGUGCUACAGAGAUUGAGGCCUGCCAACAGUCCUUCUAUUGGGAAUCCGUCUGUUGAAGUGUCGCCCUGUUCGGCCCAACCACCGGGUUCAGCUCGACGCAGCUCAAUCUCUCUAACACCCUCGUCUUCCGUUCCACCCUCACCUGUUCAUGGCCCUGGUUCCACAAGCAGGAGUGGGUUGGACUCACACUUUCUUUCGCCAGGUCAUCGGCAAAGUUUCAGUCGUCCCUUCUCGGCUAGGACAGUACCAAAGCUUGCUACACCACAGCCUGCUCAGAAGGCUCCAGCCGUGGAAGAGUCACUCUCUGGGGUUACUUUCCCUGUUUCUCUAGCCGUUGAUCCAGAGAAUGACCAGUAUGACGACGAUUGCAACAGCUGGAGCCACGGAGACGAGCGUGGCCUUGCCAUAUCGACAGAUACGAUGCCGGGCGAGUUCGAUUUUGACUUUGCCUCAGCGUUCGAGGAGCUAAACAACAUGCAAGGUAUAGCAGUACCUCACCCAACCUCGGAAUUCAAUCCCGUUAAGCUUUCAAGCUUGAGUGACCCUGCCGAGGAAGUGUCGACCAGAGCUUCUGAGCUGAAACCCAAGCAUUCCACAACGUCAUCCGUCGACUCGGGUUAUGGCAGUCUUGGCCACGCCUCGUCCUCGGCAUCAGCGUCCUCUUCUACUUCUCCACCUGGGACACAGACAAAGUCGAGAUCAACUCCAAAAGCCGGGAAAAACAAAGGCAAACGAAAAGUACCGGUAUUCUCGAAGGAAACGAGUCCUGUGCCGGAGUCGGCAAUCGACUUUGAGGCUUUGAACAUUCCAUUCCAGGACUUCUCGGGUGUCAAUUUGGACUUGGACAUGGACGAAGCUAUGAGUGAGUUUGCAUUUGGAAAAGGAAUGGGCGAUGAAAAUACGGAGGCAUUGGAUCCGACUGGUUCUUUGGACAGGAGGUAUUACCGCGAUUUUUAAGAGACAGGAUGGAAAUGUACAUGCUGCGUUGGCAUUUCAUCGUCUUCUUUAUGUAUUCGUAUCAUUUCGGGUUUUAUGGCCGGGUGGUGUGAUGGAGGCAUAGUCACUGGUAUGUCACUGGCAGGUUGCAACGACGGAUAUGAAUUGGAAAAGGAAAAAAAUGAUUGAAGGGAAAAAGGGUUUCUCAGAUGUGAUAUUAGCUCGCUCAUCAUGGAUUGAGAUUGAUGUUUUCGGAUCAGUGAAAAUGAAUUCAGAUUUUGUCUGACGCGACGAA